AUGAAGACUGUACUCGUUUUGGCUGCUCUUGCAGCAGUUGCUCUCUGCCUUGUCCUGCCAGCACAACGAAGCUCCUUGGGAUGUCAGAUGUGUGAGCUAGCUGUCAAGACUUAUGAAGGAUCCGCUGAUAAGGAUGUGACUACCAUCAAGAAGGACUUCGAUGCCGAGUGCAAGAAAUUGUUCCACGCUAUUCCAUUUGGAACCACUGAGUGUGAUCACUACGUCAAUGAGAAGUUGGACCCUAUCAUUAAGCUUCCAAAAAAUGAGAAAACAUAA